UGAGAGCCUUUUUAAAGCUGUCCAGUGGAGCCAGAGUGCCUUUUGUCUGUUGAUACGAUCAGGGGAGACUGGAGGAAGUGAAGGAGCUUGAGAGAGUUUUUCUGUCAGCCUCUGUGUCUCUUCUUCCUGCUGCCGUCGCUGCUCUCAAGGAGACUUGGACAGGGCUAUCUGUUUCCCUCUAUUCUGCUCUGCUCCAACAGGGCAGACCGUUCACCAUGAAGGGCACAGGGCAGAGUAGAGGAUGUCCGCCGAUGCGUUUGGAGCUGGGGGCAGCGAUGCCCAGCAAACCCUGCAGUCCUUCUGGCCUCGGGUCAUGGAGGAGAUCAGGAACCUGACUGUGAAGGAUUUUCGUGUGCAGGAGUUACCUCUGGCCCGAAUCAAGAAAAUCAUGAAGCUGGAUGAGGAUGUCAAGAUGAUCAGUGCAGAGGCUCCGGUCCUGUUUGCCAAGGCGGCUCAGAUCUUCAUCACAGAGCUCACCCUCAGAGCGUGGAUCCACACGGAGGACAACAAGCGACGCACGCUACAGAGGAACGACAUUGCCAUGGCCAUUACAAAGUUUGACCAGUUUGACUUCCUGAUCGACAUCGUGCCCCGCGACGACCUGAAGCCACCUAAGCGGCAGGAGGAGAUGCGUCAGUCAGUAGCUCCAGCAGAGCCGGUGCAGUACUACUUCACUCUGGCCCAGCAGCCUGGAGCCGUGCAGGUGCAGGGCACGCAGCAGGCCCAGCAGGCCGGCGCACAGACGGCUACGACCAUCCAGCCCGGACAGAUUAUCAUCGCACAGCCACAGCAAGGACAGAUGCUGCAAGGUGCCACAAUGCAGCAGUUACAGCAGGUGCAGGUGCAAUCACAGGGCACACCCAUCACGAGUGCGCCUGUGGCCAUGCAGGUGAGUGAGGGCCAGCAGGUACAGAUUGUCCAAGCUGCAGCAGCACAAGGUCAAGCUCAGACGGCUCAAGCCCAAGGCCAGACCAUGCAGGUCAUGCAGCAGAUAAUAACCAACACGGGAGAGAUCCAGCAAAUCCCGGUUCAACUAAACACGGGCCAGCUACAGUACAUCCGUCUAGCUCAGCCCGUCUCCGGAGCGCAAGUAGUCCAAGGACAGAUUCAGACUCUCGCCAACACCCAGCAGAUCACACAGGCAGAGGUGCAGCAAGGACAGCAGCAGUUCAACCAGUUUACUGAUGGACAGCAGUUGUAUCAGAUUCAGCAGGUGACGAUGCCGGCAGGACAGGAGCUGACCCAACCAAUGUUCAUUCAGUCCACCAACCAGACAGCUGACGCGCAGGUCACGCAGGUCAGCACCGACUGAGCCCAGCCGGAACCCUUCUCUCCACACACACAACACGCAUACCAGCCCAUGUGACGCCGACAGAUUGCCACCGACUUCGACAACAAACAAAUUCUAAGCACUGCUCAUGUAGACGAGUGACACGCAAUGUUAUAACACUCUUUUUUUAGUAAUAAGUGUAUUGCACUUCAUGAAAAAAACAACCAAAGGGACACUGAUUGACUUCUCAGAAUAUCACGUUAAGUUGCAUCCAUGCACCAACACCAUAUAUGCAUCCACUGCCACAGCCCUUGACACCAGUCUCUCCGCAGACCGACUCUAUUGUUCCUCUCAUUCUCAAAACACAAAAGAAGCAUCCAUCUCUGUCUACACCACCUGCUCCUGGCGUAUCGGUGGUUGAAGUAAACCAUGGGAUUUUUUACCUUUCCUUCCGUGAACACGUGAAUCAUACCCUCUCUUUAUUGUCUUUCACGUAGUUUAAGAUGAAAUGAAGCCAUAUACCUCAGAUUUCACUUUCUACAGCAAGUCAAUCAUAAGGGAUCUAAAGCAGAGGUAAUAAGGUUCAACAGUACCUUCGUGUAGUUUCUUUGUUGUGUCAUUUCACCACGUUGACGAUGAAGCAUGACUUUAUUUUGUAAGGGCUUCGAUUUGUAUAGGAUAACUGCGUGCGCGUGCUUGUAUUUCAAGCACACGCACCACUGUCAUCUUUACUCUUCCAUUUUGUUUCUUUCCUUCACCCUUCGCUCACCACUCUGUCUUUAGAGCGGGGAGCUUUUUUUUCUCUGCCUCGACGCAGUCUCACACAACCUUUCUACCCGGGUGGUUUUGGAGUCUUGUGCCCUGUUUUAAGUCUCAUGUACAAACACAUGACUCCGUCUGGAGCAAAAGAAAAGAAAAACACCCUUUUUUUAUAGAACUAAUUUUUUUCAAUACAAGUGUUUUUGUUUUUGAGAAGAUGUUUCACGCCUCAUACCUUCCCCCUCAUUUUCUUUUUUGUACAGUAAUGAUUAUUAUCAAUGUUCUUAUUAUUAUUGUUGUUUUUGCAUGUAGUUAAAACUGCCAGCAUGACAUGCAAUAGAUAGGUACAAUUUUAUUUUUGACGUUCCUUUUUUGUAAACAAACUUUGUUUGUGAGAAAAAAAAUAAAAAACAUAACUUGUCUAAAAGUCA